AUGGAUGAUAUAAAUAUGAAAUUGGUUAUACAUCAUUGUGAGUAUUUUAUAGAUAGUGAUGGUGGGCCUAGGAGUUACUUUGGGGGGAUUCCCACAGAAGAUCUGGUUAAAGGGUUAAGAAGAUUAGGUACUGACCAAGAUGUUUUAGAAAUGUUUCAAUAUCUAGGCUCUGCAAACACAUUAGAAUUAUUUGUUGAUCAUCAUAUGCCACACAAUGUAGACUCCCCUCACCCUGUUUUGUUCCUUACUGAUGUCCCUGUAAAUGAUGAUGAAAAUGCUCAACAUCCUCAGUCUCAUGACUAUAAUGAAGCAAACAGUGAAGAUAAGGAAAAUGAUGACUCAUCAGAUAGUGAUUUCUUAGCUAGUACUGAGGAUGAGGAUGACCCUACAGACGAUGAUAUCAUGUUUGAUGGUAAUGUAGAGAAGGAACCAAAUGGAGAAGGAGGCAAUGCAUUUGAGGAAUAUGUUAUGAAUGAUGAGGAUUCAUUUGAGGAGGAAUUAUUAACCCAUGAAGGAUCUGAUGAUGAGGGUAAUGGGAAGCCAAAGAACCUUGAAUUUAGGCCUGAGUUUGAUAAGGCUAAUUUUGAAUUUAAAAUUGGAAUGUUAUUUAAUAAUGCCAUUGAAUUUAAAGAUGCUGUGAGGGAAUAUGCAGUGAAAGGAGGCUAUGAUGUCAAAUUCACUAAAAGUGAGACAUGGAAGGUUCAAGUCAGCUGUAGUGAUGGGUGUGAGUGGAGGCUUUAUGCCUCUAACAUGAGUGGAGAGAACACGUUACAAAUUAAGACAUACAAACCUACACACACUUGCAACAGAAGUUACAAGAGCAGACAAGUAACUAGUGCAUUUUUGGCAUCUAAGUAUAUGAACAAAUUUAGGACCACUCCUACCUGGAAAAUAAAUGAAUUUAAGGACACUGUGAAAGAUGACUGUGUUGUAGAAAUAUCCAAAAUGAAAUGUUACAGAGCUAGGAAACAAGCAUUGGUGCAACUUGAUGGAACAAAUGCUGAACAAUAUACAAAACUGUGGGAUUAUGCUGCUGAGUUGAUAAGGACCAAUCCAGGUUCAAGAGUUGACAUCAAUGUAUGGAGGCCUCAACUUCAAAUUAAGGCUAGGUCCCAGAGAAUGUUUCUGUGCCUUGAUGGAAUUAGAAGAGUGUUUUUAGCUGGUGUGAGGCCAUUGAUUGGCUUGGAUGCUUUCCAUUUGAAAGGACCUUGUCAAGGACAAUUGUUUGCUGUUGUGGGAUGGGAUGGAAACAACAUGAUGUAUCCAAUUGCUUAUGCAAUGGGACUGGUUCCAACUCUUAAAGAAUUAUGUCCUGAAGGCCAUUAUAGGUUUUGUGUCAAACAUCUUUACGCAAAUUUUAAAAAGGAGUUUAGAGGGAAGGAGCUAAAGAGUUGUGUAUGGAAAGCUGCAAAGGCAUAUACAAGGGCUGAUUGA